AUGUUCGUGAUUGUUGCGUUGCGGCAUCGCGUGCGCGUCUUUCUUUGGUACGGGGACACAUGUGAAGACGCAUUGCUCAAGUAUGCUCCGUGGGCCAAUGAUGCUGUGAGUGUGGUUGCAAAAUGCCAUGCUGUCUCCUGUGCGUUUCGAGAUGAUGGCUCAGUCCGUGGGUUGGAUGACGAGGCCCUGCGAACCAACCAUUGGGUGGCGGGUUUCCCGCUCGAUGGUGGCGGUGCCCCUGCUGGCGCCAGCCUGGCCGACAGCAUGUGCGAGGAGACCCGCUUUUUCUAUGCGCAGUACCUGUCGCACUCCGUGCAGCUCGUGGCAACAGUUACGGAUGGAGAUUGUGGCAUCGACGUGAUGUGUUCCAUGCUCGGCUGGAACCGCAGCAGCGUGAACCGGGCCGCUCUGCGCUGCGAUUUGUGCGCCUACAUUCUCGAGCACGCGGGCAAUAGAGCUUUCGUGGCGAUGUUGCGUCACACGGGAGAGAUCGAUAACCAUUUGGGGCUCUACGAGUUAGAUGCCGCGGGCGCGGCGUUGGUCGCUGCGCGCCCCACGGAGCAUCGCCAUGGUGAUGGCGGCGCAGAGGGCGCCCUGUUAGAGGUGCCGCAGCAAGCAGAGAGGCACUACAGCGAAGAGGAGGUGCUGGCCCUGAGGUGGAAAUGUGAGCUGCGCACGGCGGGGCGGGAUAUCAUUGUCGGCAUGCUCAAGCGCCUGCCCGAUGAGUGCGCGAAUGCCAUGGUUCGCGAGUACACGACCCGAGGUGACGGGGAGGCGAAGACGCAAAAAAAACUUGCGCCGACGUUCUUGUUGGGCCGCGACGCACCCCUCGCUAAGAAGCAAAAGGCCGCGGAAUACUUCCUAGCAUGGAUGGAGGGGCACAAAGGGCCCUUGGACGGAAAGACCACUUCUCAAUUGCAGCGCGGCAGUUUCCCGAAAGGUCUGUUCAAGGCGUUUGCCACAGAGCGCCCCGCCGUCGCCCAGGCCACUGGUCUAGCCGUGCCCCAGGGGAAAAAAUCCCCCUUGUUCAGAAAGAAAACAAAGGCUUGGAUCGAGUACGCGCGAGUAUUGAGAAUAUACCAGCGCCCAGUGCAGCAGUUCCUGACAUCCGCGGUGGCGGAGCGUGCUGUCGUCUCCACGGUUGCCUGCAAGCUGUCGGGGGCCCGGGAGGGCUGGCAGUGCAGAAAAGGGACCGACCGUGCAGUCCGGGACCACAGGCGACGUAGAAGUGCGGGCGCUGGCAGACACAAGGCGCGCGCAGCGUUGCGGGAACAAUUGGCCGAGUGGUGCAGCAUCAUGCGGCACAGCGUUGACGUGAAGGCGCGCGUCAAGCGUGAGUUGCACGAGGCGACGGAGAAGCUCAAGAAUAUCCGCAAGGAACAGAGAGAGGCCGAAGCCGUGGUGACGGCGAUGGAGCAGAUGAGAGUUUACUCCUUGGAGCAGUUGGGGCAAGGGAACAAAAAAGGCGGUAAUAAGGAGCACCAGAAAGCGCGCUUCCAGGUAUCACAAGCUCUUCGGAAAGCUGCCGAACUAUCACCUGAGCAAACGAGCCAAUGGGAGUUCUUCAAGACGGAAUGGGACAGUCGGAUGGCUGCGACCCACGGCGAGGACUGGGCGCAGCUCUUUGCUGAGAUGGUUCAGAAGGUGGUGAACGACCUGCAGGAGGGUCGAAAAGAUGCGCUGUCUCAGUUUAUGCACAAUGAGACCAGACGCGUGUUAGGCGUCUCCGCGGUGGCGGAGCGCACUGGUGCUGCCGAGUGCUGCUUGCCUCUGGCAGAUGACGAUGAACGCGACGCCAUAAGCUUGCCCACUCAUGCGCCGACGGACGCAUUUGGCAUGCCAGGGGAUCUGGAUGACAUCCCCGUGGACGCAAACCUCUUCCUGAAGCCGCUGUGGGAUGACGGGACGGAGUGCUCUGCUGGUGUUUGGGCGGGAAAGGAUGGCAAAGGCAGUAGCCAUGGAGGCACCUUUGGCGUCUUGACCGCCAACUGGGGCGGGAAGUGGGGCGAGCCAGCACUGCAUGCGCACAUGCAGCAAGAUCUGAAAGGCUCUUCCUGCCAGUUCCUGGUCAUCCAGGAAGCUUCUAGCGACCUGCUGGACUACGUGGGACAAGACCCAGGGAAGGGCGACAGCGAGUUCCUAGGGGGGAAGGGCGCGCAGCGGCCUGCAGCCAAGUUCAUAGGUGUGCGAGGCCCAGAGGAGGGCGACAGCACUAUGAUAUGCGGCAGGGAGUCCCUGGUGUCGGGGAUGCGGCUGCUAGUGUUCCAUAGGACGAAGGAUGGAACAUACACGCACACGAAGAAGGACAAACAGAGGACCAAGGUGACGAAGACCGCGGUUAGCAGGAUCAUGAUUGCAUGUGCAAAGAUGCGAUUUUGGAGAACCCGCGGUAGCGGGGAAGCCGAUAUUGAUGACCGGGAGCUCGAUGAGCUGCGGCUCGCCAUUAUCAAUCUGGCAGCGUGGUAUCCUUGGCAGCAGCAGCACGAGAGGUUUGUCCGAGCGGACUCGUGUGGCAUCUUCCGCAUAGGGCCGUGCGAAGGGGUUCGGAUGUGCUACGGUCUCUCUGCGUUCGGGCUCGAAGGUCCCGACCUUCCUGCGAACUGCUCCAAGGUUAUGGAGACCCUGCGCGAAGAGGACGGCAGAGAAAUUGGUAAACGCCCCUACCUCAUCACGAACAUCCCUUUUCUAGGCCAGGGGUCCCCGUGCACCAGCUACCAGCCGCAGGUGCCCGCACGCAGGGACAAGUGCGUUCAGUGGUCUUUCACGCCUGUCUUCGACGAGGCCUCACCCGCGGCGGCGGAGGUCUUGGACGGCGCGAAGAAUGACAAGGGGAUGUUCCCGUACAGGGUGGACUCCACCACGGGGUCCGCUUCGUGGAGUUGGUCUGGAACCCCGACUUCGAAACAGAAGCCUGUCCAGUUCGAGAAGUUCGACCCCCAGCGAGAGAUGUUCAAACGUGGAGCACACAUGCCCUUGAUGAUCUACGUGGGCGGGCCUGCUGACGCGGCGGGCGGCUAA